UUUUUUUUUUUAAAUUGAGAAAAAAGGUGUCUUUGAAAACUAUAAACUUUUGAUUUAAGUUUUCUUUAUCGACUUCAAAUAAAUAAAUAAAAAAAGAAUAACAACAGAACGUAGUUUUCAAUUCUGGAAAACGAUUAAAAAAAAAAAAAAAAAAGAAAAGUUAUCUAACAUGGGAAGAAACGUGGGAUACCUCGCCCUGACCGUUUUGCUUACCUGCACCUUUGUUUUGGGAAAAACUCUCGCCCAAAAAGGCUGGCAGUUCGUGGAGAGCCCUGGGAAUGUGACCUCGUCUCUGGGGAAGCCCGUGAGACUGCGCUGCGGGAUCCGGGGUUUCGGGGAGCCCCCAGAGAUCAUCUGGACGAGAGACGGGGAGCCCCUGGAAAUGUCCGACACCAACCAGUUGACCCUGCACCUGGGGGAGGAGGAGGAGAAGAUAAUGUCAGUCAGCGAGCUGCGGAUCUCAUCUGUCCAACUGUCUGACAUGGGGGGGUACCGCUGUGCCCUGACAGAGGAGGAGGGAGAGCUCCUCUCUGAAGAGGGCUACCUGGAGCUGGAAGGUAGGGACCCCCAGCAGGACUCUCCUGUGAUUCAGACACCCAAGAAUUGGUCUGCCCGCGGCACAGAGAAGCAUUGUGUGACCCUGCGGACUCGCCCUGACAGGGUGACCUCAAACGCGCUCUCACUCAGGAGAGACUGCUUUAAUAUUGAGAGAGUGACUUGCUGUCUUUCGUCCUGUCCUGUUGUCUGUCUGUCUGCCUGUCUGACAGGGCUCAACAGGAGCAGUUCGUUCUCGUGUGAAGCUCACAACAGGAAAGGGGUGGCUACGUCCACGACGGGCACAGUCACAGUUAUCCCAGACAAACCUCAGAAACUCAAGCUACACUCAAGAACCAACCAGUCACUGGAGAUCUCGUGGGAGCCUGGAUUCGGAGGGGUGUACCCCAUUACUGUGUACUCCAUACAGGCCUCCGAGCUAUCGGCAGGUCACGUGAUCUACAAUCAGAACAUCAAGGCCCCGCCCCCGCGUCACGUGAUCCCGGGCCUGGUUCCGUUCACGGAGUACCGCGUCCGUCUGUCCUGCCUCAGCAGCGAGGGGGUCUCGGAUUGGACAGACUGGGUGACCAUGGCAACGCUGGAAGGAGUUUGUUCACGCUCAAGCGAGGGCGGUUACAGUCGCACCCAAGUAUGCCCGAGUUUCGCUCCCGCCAAUGUCAGCGUGGAGUUCAACGGCAGCCUCGCUCUGGUGAAGUGGGAGGAGCCAGUGGGCCGGUUGAACGGAAUUCUGAGAGGAUAUCGGCUGGCCUAUUGGAGCCAGGAACCAGGAGAGGUGAGGUUGCCAGUAUCCCCGGGUGAGUUCUCCUGGCACUGGUGGUACGUUGUCAUGGCUGUUUCCGUGGCGAUCGCCUGCACGGUCAUGGUCGCCGUGUACAUUGCCCGACUCCACAAGAAAGAGGCGCAAUACAAGGAAGCGUUCGAGCCGAUGACGGAGAGAGGGGAGCUGGUGGUGCGCUACCGAGCGCGGCGUUCCUACAGCCGCAGAACCACAGAAGCCACGCUGAACACUCUGGGCAUCAGCGAUGACCUCAAAGAGAAGUACUGCACGCUCCCUCCAUCCCUCCCUCCCUCCAUCCCUCUGAAACUCACACCAGCAGAGACUCUGGGAGAAGGAGAGUUUGGCUCUGUGAUGGAAGGGCAGCUCAGUCAGGAGGACUACGUCCUCAAAGUUGCCGUGAAGACCAUGAAAAUAGCUAUCUGCACACACAGUGAGAUGGAGGAUUUUCUUCGGGAAGCUGCCUGCAUGAAGGAGUUUGAUCAUAGCAACGUCAUGAGACUGAUCGGCGUGUGUCUGCAGAGUGUGGAGAGUGAGGGGUACCCCUCCCCGGUGGUGAUCCUGCCCUUCAUGAAGCACGGAGACCUGCACAGCUACCUGCUCUACUCCCGGCUCGGGGACAGCCCUGUGUACCUGCCUGUGCCAAUGCUUGUGAAGUUCAUGACGGACAUCGCUCGAGGGAUGGAGUAUCUGAGCAACAAGAACUUUAUUCACCGUGACCUGGCUGCUCGGAACUGCAUGUUGAAUGAGAACAUGACGGUGUGCGUGGCUGACUUCGGGCUCUCUAAGAAGAUCUACAAUGGGGAUUACUACCGGCAGGGACGGAUCUCCAAGAUGCCGGUGAAGUGGAUUGCCAUCGAGAGCCUGGCCGACCGGGUCUAUACGAGCAAGAGCGACGUGUGGUCGUUCGGGGUGACGAUGUGGGAGAUUUCUACCCGGGGUCAGACCCCCUACCCAGGCGUUGAGAACAGUGAGAUCUACGACUACCUACGGCAAGGGAACCGACUGAAGCAGCCGCCAGAUUGCCUGGACUCCAUCUACACCUUGAUGUUCUCCUGCUGGCUGCUGAGCCCCAAGGAGCGGCCCAGGUUUGAGUCGCUGCGCUGCGAGCUCGAGAAAGCCCUGGAGGAGCUCCCCAGUCUCCAGGAAGGAGAGGAGAUCCUGUACGUGAACAUGGAGGAGCCCAUGGGGGGGCCUCAGGGCCGGGGGAGGGACGGGGCCCCGGAGCUGGGGGCCGUGGGGGGCCAAGACCCCUCCGACUGCCUCAAGGGGCCCCCCUUCUCCCUCCUGGGCCCCCCUCUCAAGGGAGGCUCCUGCGUCACCGCCGUUGAUGUGCACCACAGGUCGGGGAGGUAUGUGCUGUGCCCGGCCCAGCAGGAGAGCACCAGGAUGCUGAGGGCAGAGUCUAGGGAGAGCCUGGAGCUGAGAGAGGAGGGGGAAGGGGCAGAGGAGGGCCCCCAGCCACCUCCUUCCACACCUCCGCUGGGAGGCCACACACCAGGCAGCUGCAAACCCAAAGCCCCAUGGCAGUGACGGGCACUGAGCUGGGAGCUGUGGAGCCUGAACUGGUGUUGGAGGGGAUUGUGCGAUAACCCGACAACUGCUUUAUCCUUUGAGGAGCACUGAUCUACUGGGACUGACCACCACACACAUAACCUCUCGGCUUUUGUAAUCGCUGGGAGAGAAUUGAUCGAGGAAUGUGGGACUGAUCGUUAGACCAGUAGAAGUCCUCUGCUUUUUGAAAUACUAAAAAGAACUUUUGUAGAUUAAAUGACAGACGUGUCCACGAGAAGUCCUUCUCGGUGUCUUCACUGCCACCCUUUUCUCAGUCGCUGGGGGGACAAAGAACUGGGACUGACCAGACCAGUAACUUCACUGCUUUCCUUCCACAGUCACUGGGAGAGAACUGAGACAAUAUGAGACUGAUUACUAAACCAGCAACUUCAACGACAGACAGGUAUCUGGGACUGACCAUUGACUCUAAAAACAAGCUCAGCAAAGUCAAGGACAAACGUUUUGACUGGAAGUCUUUCUCAAUGUCUUCGCUGCACAGGAGAGAACUGUUUUGACAAUAUACUGGUACUGACCAGCUGACCAAUACUCCUGUCCUUCACGAUCACCGAGACACACGAUGAGAACGUCGGUAGGAAUCUGUGCAUUUCCAUGAGGGGAAAAAACCACAGUGCAGACUCUCGCAGCUCCCCAGUACAAUCCCACUGAAAAAUGAGUACAGUCCCCUAUCCAGUCUCCCAGUAGCAGGGAUUGAAACAAGACUCCCAUUGCAUAGCAGUUUGAUCCAUUCUCUGUUUUUACUAGGAGUUUAAUAGCAAGACGCACCCGA